CGGAGGUCCUUUCUCUUCCCCCUCCCCCUCCCCCUCUCCCUCCCUCUCUCCGUGCUUUCCCAACCCUUCGCUUUUCUUAAGAGAGAAUGGACAGAGUGAUAGAUGCAAGGCGUUUCCCAGGAGUACACAGUGACGCAUACUUGUUGUUAUACUUUACGGACGAAAGUGAAAAGAGCGUAGAUGGCCAAUGGACAGACGGCAAUGAAGGGAGACGUGGAGAUGGGAGAGGGAGGUGGGAGUUUGCAGGAGAGUUCAAGUUCGUGGUUGCCACGUGGCAAUGGGUGUAUGCAUCAUUCACGGCGACGACAUACGAGACAAAGGAUAAUGAUUGAAGAUAGAUGCUCAAUGUCAAGAGGGAGGUGCAGGGUGUGCCGAAAGAGGUGACGAAGGUGGGCGUGGCGGCGAGGAACAAGAUUGACUGAGGGGUCCCUCCCCCUCCCCCCCUGCCCCCCCUGCCCGUUGCAGCCCUUCUCCUCUGCCUCUCUGCCACAACCUUAAUGCGUUUGCGAAGAAUGGAUCGACUGAUAGAAUCAAGUUUAACCACACAG